AUGUCUCAAUUUCACCGCACAAGCUCACAUCCUACCUAUAUUCAGUUCAAUGAAUCGUUACGUCUUUGCAAUCUAAUAAAAACGAUUCACUUGAAUGUUUUCCUUAAAAUAGUUGAAUAUUUACGUGAAAAGCAAAGAUCAACAUUGAAAACAAAAGAAAAAAAACCUUUUAAACUUGUCAGAAUGAAAUUAGUCACAUGCAGUUUGACAAACUAUGACUUGAAAAUACUCGUCAUCACACAAAUGAACAAAAAAAAUUGUGCAACAAUAAUUCAACAACGAAUUUUCGUUCAUAGUUUAUUGAACGGGUAUCAAGACGUGAAACGAGAUGAAGAAAUGGGAAUGAAAUCAUAG